AUGACGAAAUUAAAAAUCCAGGAACUUCGUGGUAAGAAGAAGGAGGACCUCAUCAAGCUGCUUUCGGAGCAGAGCUCUGAAUUAGCUUCACUUAGGGUAGCAAAGGUUACUGGUGGUGCCCCAGCGAAGUUGUGCAAGAUCAAGAUUGUGAAGAAGAACAUUGCUCGCGUUCAUACGAUCAUCCAUCAAACACAGAAACAGGAGCUCCGUAAACUAUAUGCGAAAUCGCAACACAAGCCCAUUGACCUUCGCCCGAAGAAGACUCGUGCUAUUCGCCGAAGACUGACUGCUCACGAGCAAAGCCUCCGAACAGCUAAGCAGCUGAAAAAACAGAGAGCCUUCCCUAUGCGCAGAUAUGCGGUCAAGGCUUGA